CACAGCCUCUAAAAACAGACAAGUGGGUGAACUCACAAAAAAAGGUGUUCUUCAUUUCCAUCCUGCUCUGCCAAAUUAAAUGGUAAAGAUCAGAGACGCCGUUCCAUUGAAAUAUUAACAAAGGUGAUCAGAAAGACUCUCAGACUUCAUCUGGACUAGGUCUACCAACACUCACAACCUGCUCUGUGUUUCUGACUGCUUGAUGAUUCAAACCAGCAACCAUUAAAAAAAGGGGGGAAGGCUCCCUUAAUUUGCCCCAUGUGCAGAGUGAAAGUGUCAAAAAAGGUUUAACUGGACAGCGAUCAAGCUGAUUUGACUGUGUUACAAAGUCUCACCGUUCACAUCUUGAAAGACAGUUUGAACCUCUCCAGGUGUCUGUAACCACAAAAAGCAGAAAAAAUCCUCAAGUUUAAAGGCAAACUACCUAUUUCUCACAGAGCAAAGUUUUCUGUAAGAGAUUAAAAUGAGGAUGGUGUUUGAUGUAAGGCUUCUCAUUUGUUUGAAAUGGUUAUGAAUGAGUGCAGUGGCCCCAUCCCCCCACCCUUCUCCUGGCCCUGCCCAGGAUAAAAUGCAGGACAACUGAGCCGCUGCCUUCACAGAAGAGAGGACUGACUGACUGCACACAGCAGAGCGUGGCUUCGCUUGCCUCACUGCUUCGCUGCCCUGUGCUCGCAGACUCUGACACACACAGACACACUCUCGCUGCCUCUCUCUGUCACAAACACCUCCCAUACUCACUCCCUCUCUUUCUCACUCACUCUUUCUCUCUCAGUAUCACAUACACACACACACACACACACACACACACACACACACACACACACUAGAAGUAGUCAACUCUUUCUCUGCCACGGGUCAGCAAUUCAGACAGGCAACUUGUUCCUACCCAGCUGGAAACAGCAGAGCAUUGCAAGGUGCACGCACACAUGCUUAAACUGGCACAGAAACACACUUGUACAUUUACACUCACUCAUUCAAACACACGUAUGUGAAUCCUCAUAGAGCCCAGGACUUUAAUUAUGGACCAGUGAAGAAGACUUCAGUCAAAGGAGGAGACGACAAACAAGCAAGGAGCAGCAUCAAGGAGGAACUUCAAAAAACUGGAUUUGUUAAAUUUUGACACUUUGCUAAAGGAGGAGAGGAAAAGAAUAAAAAAAACACAACUGAAGAUGACAACUGGAGGAACUCUGGCAAAACUGAUUCUGUAGGAAGGAAGGCCCGCUUUCAGCCCAAAGUGGAGACCGGCUGUGACAUCCAGAGGAUUUGCUGUAAGUGCCGCUUCCCUUCCUUCUCUCCCUCCACAGGGACUUCUCCUGAUCAUCAGCAUGCCUACAGCUUGCACAAGGUGCACCUUGGGAGUCUGACCCACCAUGUGCAGAUGGACGGCGUCCGCAGUUCAUUUCUGUCCUGAAGCUGCCCUCAGCACCACCGCUACAACUGCAGCCUCUGCUGGUCCACAUUUCCCCCUGCCUAGUGCAGCCUCACUCUGCCUGGCAUGCUUCACCGUGCUCUUGGUCACCGCUGGUACUGUCACGGGGGCCUGUCCUCCUCGAGUAGGGCAUGAACCCCUUCAGGUGCUCGCAAGCGGAAUCAACUGUUCAUGGACACUGGAAAGGCACACGCGCAGUUAUAAUCACUUAGAGGGUGACGUCCGACUUCGGCGACUUUACUCUGCCAACAAGUUCUUCCUCUGCAUUGACAAAACCGGCAAGGUGGACGGCACUCGACGUAAAAACUACGCUGACAGCUUGAUGGAAAUCCGAUCUGUCAGUGUGGGAGUUGUUGCCAUCAAAUCUGUCAGCACCGGGCUGUACUUAGCUAUGUCCAAGAAAGGCACGCUCUUUGGAUCGGUGAAGUACAACCCGAGCUGCAAGUUUAAAGAACGCAUUGAGGAGAACGGCUACAAUACAUAUGCUUCGCUUCGCUGGAAACACAGCGGCAGGCAAAUGUUUGUUUCGCUGAAUGGGCGCGGUAAACCGAGGCGGGGCCACAAGGCUAGACGUAGACACCCAUCUACUCAUUUCCUGCCUAUGCUCCCCUCGUAGCAGUCCAAGUCUGAACUCUGACCAACAACUGGAUGGCUCACCUCCUUCCGAGGACUAGUGUUGAUGUGGCUGUGACACAAUGUGUAUUUUUAUUAUUCCAUCCUCUUGUCAGAUAAAUGUACAUUUGCUGAGGUCUGUAACAUUUGUAGAGGUAGUAUAAUAUCUACUCUUAAGUUAUUUUCUGCAUUUUCUAAUGAUGUUCAGUAAUACAGCACAAUAGAGUAGAACUACGUUACGUUCAGACAUCUGUCUUGCCACCAAACCACCUGUGUUUGUAGCGCACGUUUGAGGUGAGAGGACAGAAGGGGAGAUAGCGAGACAGGGGCUUCCAAAUGAUAAAAUUUGGAUUUGUGAAGAAAACACAUCACUAUUAAAAGAGACCCUUAUAAGUCAGUGGGCAGGAUCAAAUUCUACUAUUAAAAACAUCUGCACAGUAGCUCUGUUCCAACAGCUUGGCUUCAUUUUGCUGUAUAUUUAGCCUCACAAAAAUGCACAUGUGAAUUUACCAUUACAUUGCAUCAUGUGCAGGUCUACCUGAAAAGACAUUUUUUUAUGUAUUCACACUGCAUCCAGCACUGUUUUCAAUGCAGCGUGUGAAAUAACAUUUUUGUAAGGCUAAGUAUGACUACAUUUAUGCAACAAACCCUGACGAGGAUUAGUGGAAGAGAGCUGACGGAUGGAUAUGCAAUAUUUUUUUAAAUAGGGAUAAAUUAUCAUAAUGAAUGGGUUAAUAAACGCAAUGAGAAAACUCCAAAGAAUCAAAAAAAAGGGGAACCUCUACUCAGCAAAGUCCAUGGUACAAAUUUUAUACAUGUUCACUGUUGCUUGGGAAAAAACUGACACCACUAGAAAAAAGAUAAUGACGUGCAGUUGAAUUGUACUGACUCAAACACAACGAUAGUUGUACUGUUCUGUGUGUAUAUGUUGAUAUAUGUCAAGAACACGACAGGAACUAAGCUAACUACUGGGAUAACAUGCUGGAUUUCUUGACAUGCCCUUUCAACGUCUGUGCAUGCUUCUGUCACUCCGCUUCUCUCAUUCAACCUACAGUUAGUAGAUUAGAAAUCAGAUAACAGAGAACUUUAAUUUUUAAUUUUGGUCUUUAAUUCUGUCGUGAAAUCGCUGACAUCUGCUUUGACUCAUUUAACGCUUUCUAGCAGCAGUAGGCAAACACCGCGUUGCAUAGCAGCAGCUCCAUUAAUUUUGUACGCCAUAGUAAAUGGUUUUUACAAUCUGCUUCUUUCAAGUCUUUCUAACGUUUUCUCGACAACAAGGCUAAUAGAACAUUUAAUAUAUUUAAAACUUUUAUACUCUUUAACUGUUUGAAGUUGAUGUUUAUUGUUAUUGUUGACUUUUAUGUUGGAUUGUAGUCCUACUGUUUAAAAUAAGGGGAAAAAAAUAAUAUUCAGUCCAUAUUCAGCUCAAUUUGUAUUACUACUGGAUGUUGGUACGUUUGUGAUCCAUUUAUCAUAAGCAGUUUUCCACAAUAGAAAUUAAAAGCCGUGUGUGUAUAUAUAUAACAACAGAUUCUCAGAACAAACAAUCCCUGGAUCCAUUUCAGUUGAGUAAAGUAAUUUGAGUGCCUUGGUUCAUGGUAAUCUUCAAUAAAGAAAAAUGUGGAUACGUCAGCAGUCACGGCUCACGUGCUUACAAGCCUUAUUUAAAUAGUUUUUUUUAGUCAUGAAGAGCCACAAUGGCAUUUUUAUCUGCUAUGGCGCUGAUUGUUAAGAGUUGGUAACAUCUCCAUCACAGCACUUCGACAUAAUCCCCCUCUCAUCAUAAUCAUGAAGAAACUCACAGCGGGAGAGGCGUUGAUGUGGAGGACCUCCCCGUGUCUAAUGAAACCUCUGUGGUUAUGAACUAUGCAGCCGAGCAUCAAGAUCAUUUACACACAGACGAGACCUUCGGUGGCACAGGAGGCCACUCGGUCUUUUCAGUGAACAGAAAGGAGAGUCGGGCAUGAAUAGUGGGUGUUUGGGGUGAAUAAAGGCCAACCUUUCAGCCUGUCAUAAUGUGAGAUUACUGUGACGGGGUACAUGUCUGGUCAGAAUGGCGUGAAGUCACACUGUAGUUCAGCUCUGACGGUCUGGGUGCGACGCAGAAUAUCAGUAUGGGGGGUCUGGCAGUACUGUUGCCAUGUAAAUGUCUUUGUCCUCUCUGCUGUGCACACCAGAGGUGCACUUAUAUUUUUGAGAAGUAAAUAAUAUUUGCAGUUCUUGCUGAUGUGAGUAAAACUUUCACUUAAAAGAACGUUACCUUAACUCUGGAGAGUACUAGAUGAACUUUUUACUCCAUUUCUAGUCUGUUCUCAGAUUAUCUAACUGUCUGCUGACAUAAAAUUUAGAAAGUAAAUAAGAGGAGGGUCAUGAAUGUUAACAAGCUAUUGAAGCUUUAUUAAUAUGCUAUUAUACUUUAUAAAGUCCAUUCAAAAAUAGGGUUGCACAGGACAGAAAAAUCCCAUUUUCCGACUGAUCUCCUGAUUGACUCGCUUCUUUGUCAGUGUCCUCCAUCUCCUGUGCUCUACCUCUCCUCUUUCUUCCUUAAACCGUCCAAGAAUCUCUUUCUCCUUGGCCUGAGGGUGCGACUGGCUGUUGGUGCCAGUUCCACGGACAGCAAAUGGGAGCUGUAAUUAUCAUUGCUCCACCACUGUCCUGUCAGUGUGCUCGCCAGCAAAACAAGAGGGGAGCCUUUGGAAGUCCUGAUCAAAAGCUUUGGCCUUUGAUCAUGAAGCAAAAGGAAAAACCUAAACACUGUGCAAAAUCAACAAGGAAUGUCCCAAAGAAAAAGACCUCAGGAGAAUGCAAAUGACAGCCAUCCAGAACGCAUCCUCAGCUCCUCCUCUGCAGUGACGUGCUGAUGUCACUAACACAGGUGUUUGGGCUGUGUUUGAUCUAACCCGCAUAAGCAGAGGACUGAGGGAGUGAGUCACGCACUGAUGUUGUUGCACAAGUAUCUAAAGACAGCACAUGGUAAGCUGCACAGCAGGUAAUGUGUUCAUGUUUUUGGAAAGGCCUCAGAAGGUUCACAUUUUGAAUUUGAUGGGAAUAUCUGUAUACUUAUAUCAUAGUACGGUAUGUCUUCACAUCAGUAAAAACAUAACAAAUAGAUGGGAUUCUGCAUGACCCAACACAAUUAAUGUUCAUAGAGAAGGUAACUUUGUAGGCAACAAAAUAAAUUUGCAGCUGACUGACAGAAAAAAAGUAAUAAUAGAAGCCCAUUUUGAGGGCCUCAGCCAAAAUCUACAGGGGCACAAGUCAUGCUGCUUCAGCGACAACAAACCACAGCCUCUAGAACCUUUGAAACCCUGUGUGGUCAUUUUCUCUCACAGUGACUGAAAA